ACCGUGCUUUGCUUUGUAUUUCAAAAAAUAACCUACAAAAUUGCACUAUUUGAAAGAUUAUAUUGACUAUAAAUAAAAAUUAUUAAAUGUAAUAUUAUUUAUUUUAUGUUACAGUAAUCUAAGCCGGUAAAUAUAAUUGAAUUUAAGUUUAUAAUGGAUUCUAAAUACACAUCAUUUGGAAAGGACAAAGAUCAGAUUCAGAAGAGACAUUUCGAUAUUAAGGCAAAAAGGAUUAAGCUAAGUAUCGAUAAUAAGAAGCCGGUUGACCAAAAACUUGAAAAUAAAAUAAAUGGAUCCGUUCUUCCUACAAGUAAUAAUGUUAAUGUUAUCUCUGAAGAUUUUCAACAGUCCAGAAAAUUAUUGCCAGUUUACACUGUUCGAAAUAGACUUAUUGAAGAGAUAAAGAAGUACAGCACAAUGAUAUUGAUAGGUGAAACAGGGUGUGGAAAAACUACCCAAAUCCCCCAGUUAAUUCAUGAGCAUAGGCUCGAAGGCACCAGUAGAAUAGCUGUUACACAACCUAGGAGAGUUGCAGCUAUCACACUAGCGCUCCGAGUGGCAGCUGAGAUGAAAACAGAAAUAGGAUCCAUUGUGGGAUAUUCUGUUAGAUUUGAAGAUGUGACAAGUCCACAAACAAAAAUUAAAUAUUUAACUGAUGGUAUGUUAUUGAGGGAGGCUAUUAUUGACCCACUGUUAUUGAAAUAUUCUAUUAUAAUUUUGGAUGAGGCUCAUGAAAGGACUGUGAAUACAGAUGUCUUAUUUGGGAUAGUGAAAUUGGCACAAAAAGAAAGAAAGUUCAAACCGAAUAAGUUAAAGGUAAUUAUUAUGUCUGCUACAAUGGAUGUUGAUACAUUUAGAAAUUAUUAUGACAAUUGUGCAGUAAUAUACCUAGAAGGACGCACAUUUCCGGUAACAAUAUAUCAUUCGCUAAUAAAGCAGGAUGACUAUCAAUAUUCUGUGGUUUGUGCUAUAUUCCAGCUACAUGUUACUACACCGGCCAAUCAUGAUUUUUUAGUAUUCCUCACUGGCCAAGAGGAAAUUGAAACUGUAAUGGCAAACAUCAGGCAAAUAGCAAAGGAAUCACAAGGGCCACCUAUAAGGGUUUGUCCAUUAUAUGCUGGUCUUCCAGCUACAAAACAAUUGCAAGUGUGGCAACCUGUGCCUGCUGGAAUGAGGAAAAUUGUCUUAGCAACAAAUAUAGCUGAAGCAUCUGUAACGAUUCCACAAAUCAAAUGUGUUAUAGACACUGGAGUUGUCAAAGAAAGGACGUGGUGUACGACAACGGGCGCAGAGCGGCUCCGCGUGGUACCGUGCUCGCAGGCGGCGUGCUGGCAGCGCGCGGGGCGGGCGGGCCGUACCGCGCCCGGCGCCGCCUACCGCCUCUACACGGCUAGCGAGUUCGCUGCGCGCCCGUUGCACAAUACGCCGGAGAUAUUGAGGUGUCCACUGGCAGCAACUUUGUUAAUGUUAAUAGCUACGGGGAUGGAUCCCAGCACAUUUCCCUUGAUUGAUGCACCCUCAUCCGAUUCUGUUCAAGCAUCAAUAAUCCUAUUAAAAGAACUAGGUGCUAUAGAAAACGAAAGUAAUCCGAAAUUAACUACACUUGGGAAGAAAAUGACAGCAUUUCCGAUUGAUCCCAAGUAUUCUAGAAUAAUUUUAAAUGCUACAGAAUACAAUUGUUUAGAGGAAGCAUUAAGUCUCGUAGCGGUUAUGUCCAGUGAAAAUGUGUUUUACACGCCAUUACACAAACGGGAAGAAGCCAUAAAAGUCAAACAAAAAUUCGUGUCACCUCUCGGCGAUCAUAUCACUCUUCUUAACGUUUUUAAAGCGUUUUGUAAAGCACCUCUUAAAAAGCAAUGGUGUAAAGAGAAUUAUUUGAACCAUAAGAAUUUGUCUUACGCGUGCGACAUUAGACACCAGUUGCUAUCAAUUUGUCAAAGGUUGAAUAUGGAAGUGAUGAGUUGUGGAACAGCUCUGGAUCAGUUAUUAAAGUGCCUUCUCAGCGGUCUAUUCACGAACUGUGCGUGGGCACGUGGCGGGGCCACAGGCGGUGUGGGACGUUACGUCACAGCAUCGAACACAGCUGCGUCCAUACACCCCGCGUCCGUGUUACACUCUAUCCGACCACCACCACCCGCGUUACUGUAUUCGGAACUAUUGCAUACAAGACGAGCCUACUUAGUAACUGUGUCCGUUAUAGAUGCUAACUGGCUCCACCAGGUGGCGCCGGAGUAUGCAAGGCGGUGUCGCGCCAGUCGGUGACGAAGCGUUUGUACUAAUGCGUGUUUGGGUGGACGGGAAUGCUCGUCACUGAACUAUAGCUGUUUCAAAAGUGUCAUUCUUAUUUGAGGUACAGAAAACUCAAUUGAGACUAGGCUGCAUAUAUAAUAUAAAUCAAAGUUAAAGAUAACUCGUAGCUGUUUCCGCGAGAGAUGCUAACUGGCUCCUACAGGUGGCGCCGGAAUUUGCGAGACGAUACCGCGCCAGUCGGUGAUGAAAAGAUAAUUGUAAUACCCCAGUCACACUAUGCUACUCGUCCUGCUACUCGUCCUGCUCCUCGUCCUGCUCAUCGCGCUGCCGCUCGCCUCGAUAUUGCCGUCUGGCCACACACUGCUCUACUCGCGCGAUUAUUCGCGACGCUCUUCAUUUCGCACUCGUAUUGCUUGUCCUUUGACUCGCGCGCAAAAGCCGACAAAAUAGGGAGCAGUGAGCAGGACGAUGAGCACGACGAGUGGCAUGACGAGUAACGUGGCCACACUACAUCCCUGCCUACUUUCCUCGUCACUUCCCAUACCACUCGUCGAGUCGUGUGGCUGGGGUAUUACGUGGGUUAGUGUGGACAGGAAUGCUUGUUGUGACUGAAGGUACAGCCACGACAAAAAACCUGAUAACGCUCAACUCAGAAAGUUAUUCCAUCAACAGCUGCUGAUACACAAAAACAAGCCGUAUUUUUCAUGAAGAGGCCAUUAAGUUCGACUGUGAGUUCUGUCUGUACCUCCGCCGUUGUAGAUUCUUACAAUAAAAUAAUCCGCCUCGGAAGAGGAAUCAUCAGACCCUCGUGUUAUUGUUUUAUAGUUGCUUUAGACUAAUCGACUUGACUGUAUAGUCAAUAUUAAUAUUAGUCGUAGUUAAUAUAGUCAAUAGUUAUAAAUAAUAAUAGAGCUUGCCAUAGUUUAUUUUUUAUAUUAUGUUUGAGCAAAAAAAAAAACUUUAGCACUUUGUAUAUUGUACAGUAAGAUAUAAUAAACAUUUAAACGGUUAUUUUGCUACAUUUCAAAGUAGUAUUUAAUAUUAAUAUCAAUCAUAAACCUUACGGCCUUACGCAACUGGUCUCCUCAAUAACGAGACU